UAGGCUAUUUUGUUGUAGUUAUUGUCACAAUCCUUAGUUUAAUGUGAAGAUCAUGUAAAUACACGUUUAAUCUUUUAUUUUCACUUUCAGUACAUGGUUGCUAUGCUCUGAUUAUCUGUAUGGUUUCAGUGACAACUACAGCAUUGUGGAAAGUCAAGACGCCUUGAAACUACAUCGUCCGUUGCCAUUUAUGGUGGGAGAGGUUAGCUAGGGAGUAACCAAACGUAGCAGUCGUUUAGGCUAGGGAGUGACGUUCGCAGUGCCGAACGAAAGGUUCAUUGAAGUCAGCUACUCCUGGCACUGAAGCAGCGGAGAAAACAUAACACAGUUUGGGAAUAUUCUCUGGAGAAGCCUAGCUUCUUUGGCUCCCACCAUAACCUCUACACCUGCCCACAGACGUCAGUGUGUCCUGGGAACUGCUGGCCUUUCCUCACCAGAUGUAGUGGGGAGUUGUCACUUCCAGCCUAGUACACAGCCUUUUCUAUCUUGUUUUGCAGACUUUUAUUCUGUCUAGUGAAGUAAGUCCACCAUGCGUGAAUACAAGCUUGUGGUGUUAGGCUCAGGAGGUGUUGGCAAAUCUGCACUGACAGUCCAAUUUGUACAGGGAAUCUUCGUGGAAAAAUAUGACCCCACAAUAGAAGACUCGUAUAGAAAGCAAGUUGAAGUGGAAAGCCAGCAGUGCAUGCUUGAGAUCCUUGACACAGCUGGAACAGAGCAGUUCACAGCGAUGAGGGACCUGUACAUGAAAAACGGUCAAGGCUUUGCUCUUGUAUACUCCAUCACAGCACAGUCCACUUUUAAUGAUCUACAGGACCUUCGGGAGCAGAUCCUACGAGUAAAGGACACCGAAGAUGUCCCCAUGAUCCUCGUAGGCAACAAGUGUGACCUGGAGGAUGAACGUGUAGUGGGCAAGGAGCAGGGUCAGAACCUGGCCAGACAAUGGAACAACUGUGCCUAUCUAGAGUCCUCGGCUAAAUCAAAGAUCAAUGUUAACGAGAUUUUCUACGACCUGGUCAGACAGAUCAAUAGGAAAACGCCGACAGUAAAGAAGGCAAAGAAGAAGACAAAUUGCACGCUGCUCUAAGGCAUCCACUAGCAGCAGCUCUGAGCCAGGAAGCUGCAAUACAAUACUGUUGCCCAGUUGGACCGUGCCGGCAUUCCAAGCCCUUUCAAUUAGGUUUGGAGAAGUUUGAGAAGACCAACAAGUCAUUGUCUACUACACCGCUCUUAUACCAGAGAAUUAUUCUUGGAUUAAGAAAUCCAGACCUUUUUUUUCCCCCUCUUUUUCGUCAUUUUGUCAGUGGGACAGUCUUGUGAUGAAGAGCCUUCCCCAAAGUUUUGGAAAUUAUCCUUUAAAACAAAAAGAGACCAUGCAUAUUAUGUUGGAUUUACGGAAUUGGGUUGUUUGAUUUCAAAUAUUCUCAAAUGACUUAAUGUUUGCAAAUGAAAUCAUGGGAAAUGUUGACCUUUCUUAUUAACAUACCCUGCUGCACUAAUUGUCAACAACAAUGCAUCAAUGUCUUCUUUUUCCUACUACUUUUAAGGACUUGUAUUCAUCAAAUAACAUCUUUCCUAAGUGACUUUGUUUUAUAUGGGAAGCUACAAGUCUUUCAUAUUUCCCAUAAUAUAUUCUAAUUCUUUUUCUUUUUUUUUGUGCGUAAUGAUGCUAUGGAAAAUUCUUAUUUUAUAGAAUGGGGAAAUGAAGAGACUUGAUUUCUAUGUCUUUAGGCUGAAAAUAUAUUGUACUAAACCAACUCUAAUAUUGCUUCUUGUGUUACUCAGUCACAUGAUUUUCCAGCUUUUAUGAAUGAUUAAAUUUUAGUACAUUUUCA